AGGUUUCCUGGGCAUUGGCUCUCGACAGAGAGGAAGAUGUGGUGAUAGAGGUGGAUAAACGGAUAGAAAGAGACAGAAAACUGGUUCCUUGUCUCUUCCAGCCACCCUCCAAUGAAACCCCACCUUUUUCCCAAGAGUACCAUCUACCAACACAGACGAUGGUUGGGAAGUCCAUGAUUGCUGGUCUGGUGGUCCUUCUGGUGGCUGCGGUGAGCCUGUUUUUGGGGGUCUUCAUGGGAUUAGGGAGGAAAAACACGCCUCCCCCUUCAGAUUACUUCUUCUCAAAGGCUGCCGUGGCUGCUGAUGCUGGAAAGUGCUCAGAAGUGGGGAGGGACAUUUUGAAGAGAAAUGGCUCAGCUGUGGACGCUUCCAUCGCUGCCCUGCUAUGUGUCGGCCUUUUAAAUGCUCACAGCAUGGGCAUCGGGGGAGGGCUCUACUUUAUAAUAUAUAACGCUUCCACAGGGAAGGUGGAAACAAUAGAUGCGAGGGAGACAGCGCCCAUGAACGCCACCGAAGACAUGUUUGGCAACAACACAAAGCUUUCUCGUACAGGUGGAUUAUCCAUUGCAAUCCCAGGGGAGAUCCGAGGUUACGAGAUGGCGCACAGGCGGCAUGGCAGGCUCCCCUGGAAAGAGCUGUUUGAGCCCAGCAUCGCUCUGGCUCGUGACGGUUUCCCCAUCGGAAAGGCUCUGGCUCACGCCAUCUUUAAGAGCAAAGAGUCCAUUCAAGGAGACACCAACAUGUGUGAGGUGUUUUGUGACUCUCAAAAGAGAAUCCUGAAAGAAAAUGACAUCGUCAGAUUCCCAAAGCUGGCUGACACUUAUCAGAGAAUAGCAGAAGAGGGGCCUGAUGUGUUUUAUAACGGGACCAUGGCGCAGAGCAUCGUCGAGGACAUCCAGGCGGCAGGUGGCAUCAUCACCCUCGAUGACUUGCUGGAGUACCAGCCUGUAGUGAACGAGAACCCUCUGCAGCUGAACGUCGGGGAAUACACCAUACACGUUCCGGACGCCCCCUCCAGCGGGCCCGUGCUGGCACUCAUUCUCAAUAUAGUGGAUGGGUACAACUUCACAGACACCAGUGUCUCUACAGCCGAGAAAAAAACUCUAACUUACCAUCGGAUCGUAGAGGCUUUUCGCUUUGCUUAUGCUAAGAGAAGCAGACUGGGUGACCCGCGGUACCUCAACAUUACUGAUCUGAUCCAUAACAUGACCUCAGACUACUUUGCUGACGGCAUAAGGAGUAAAAUUACAGAUGACACCACCCACCCAGAUAACUACUAUGAGCCUGAGUAUUUUGUUCCAGAAAACCAUGGCACAGCUCACCUGUCUGUCAUAGCCGAGGAUGGAAGUGCCGUCGCUGCUACCAGUACCAUCAAUCUAUACUUUGGGUCUAAAGUCAUGUCUCGGUCCACUGGAAUCAUCUUCAACGAUGAAAUGGAUGACUUCAGCUCUCCUUACAUGACCAAUGGAUUUGGAAUCCCACCAUCGCCCAACAACUUCAUACAGCCAGGAAAAAGGCCUCUGUCCUCCAUGUGUCCCACAAUCAUCUUUGACAAAGACAACAGAGUGAAAAUGGUUGUAGGAGCAUCUGGGGGCACGAAGAUCACCACAGCUACUGCCUUAGUUAUCCUGAACUCCCUUUUCUUCAACUACGAUCUAAAGAAAGCUGUGAUGGAGCCACGGGUUCACAAUCAACUCAACCCCAACAUGACGGUGGUGGAGCAAGGCUUCGAAAAGAGUGUUCUGGAGGGGCUGGAACAGAAGAACCACGUAACACAAACACUGAGGACUCCAGACUCUGUGGUCCAGGCGGUGGUUCGGCAAGGUGAGCGCCUCUGCGCUGAAUCCGAUCCCCGGAAAGGAGGCUAUCCAGCCGGGUACUGAGCCUCCCAUCUGGUCAUUCUCCACUCUCCCUCAGCAAAGAGUUUCCACCAAGACACUGACAGAACCACAAUGGUAAAGGAAACUGCACCGAGGAAUCAAGCUAUGUUUACACUCCAGAGACACUGCCACCACCUCUCUUCUGUUACUGAGACACGGGAACUGACCUGUUUUUCAGCAAGACUUCCUAUUUAAAUUAUUUUAGUGUUUUAAGGUAAAGUAAGAAGAAGUUGUGCCUAGUAUUGCUCUUGGACGCUGGUUAAGAAGGAAUUUUAGGGAUUGAAGCAGAAGCCAGUGGUUCCACCUGGAUCUGUUUUCAGCAUUAAAUUCAGUAAUUAACGAAUGCAGCUAUAUUUCCAAUGAACCAAGAGCACAACAUCUGACGACGUUCUCGGGUUUCAAGACUCCUUUUGGUAAGUUGUCCAUGUGGUGUUUUAACCUCUUCUGUAAUGAAAAGUUAUUAUACUGUAACUUAUGAAACAUUGUCGGAAAUCGAGGGUUUUCUUUCAUGUCGAAUAGGUAAAAAGCUACAGACCAAGCAAAUACGGUUAAUUCAGAGCCAAGACAUCUCAGGUUGUUUGCCUGUUUGAACAAAGUUCCAUCUUUCUCCUGCUGUAAGCUGAUCCCACUGAAAGCUCAAAAUGUUGUUUUCUACUGCGACUCAACAGUGAAGUUAUUUUUUUGUCAAUGUUUAAUAUCAAGUAGCAGUUGAGUGAAUGUAUAGCAAACUUCCAAAAUAAGAAAGCAUUAGCAGAUAUAUUUUUCUAAACAUGCAUUGUUCUUAUGCCAUGUUUUGUCUCCACGCUUGUCAUUAAACAUUUUGAAACAGA